UCGUGGAGGUACGACUUGAUAUCAUUGAUGCCUACUGAUAUAGCAUACUACUGGUGGCGCCCUGGCUCUUGCGACUCCAAACGUUUGCCGUGCCCUGUUAUUGUCCGCCUCAAUCGGUUAUUUCGCUUACCCCGAAUGUGGGAGUGGUUUGAUCGUACUGAAACCGCAACAAGUUAUCCAAACGCUUUCAGGAUAUGCAAGGUCGUAAUGGCGAUACUUGUUCUGAUUCACUGGAAUGCCUGCUUGUAUUUUGCCAUUAGUUCCGUUAUAGGAUUUGGUAGUGACAAUUGGGUAUACAAUCUUACCGGUGCUCGUAAUGAGACUCUGGCACAUCAAUAUAUUUACAGUUUUUAUUGGUCCACUUUAACGUUAACUACAAUAGGAGAAACACCGCAGCCAGAGAUUGAUGCUGAAUAUUUAUUUGUAGUUGCAGAUUUCUUAGCCGGAGUUCUUAUAUUUGCCACAAUUGUGGGAAAUAUAGGUUCUAUGAUUUCUAAUAUGAAUGUGGCCAGAGUCGAAUUUCAAAAUAAAAUGGAUGGUGUAAAACAAUAUAUGGCAUUUAGAAAAGUAAGUGGAGAACUAGAAGCAAGAGUUAUAAGAUGGUUUGCAUAUACUUGGGCUCAAAGCGGGGCUUUAGAUGAAGAGAACGUUCUUUCUUCCCUCCCUGAUAAGUUAAAAGCAGAAAUUGCAAUCAGAGUACAUCUUGACACUUUAAGAAAAGUAAGAAUAUUCCAAGACUGUGAACCAGGACUUUUAGAAGCAUUAGUACUUAAAUUAAGGCUGCAAGUUUUUAGCCCUGGCGAUUAUAUAUGUAGAAAAGGAGACGUAGGUAAAGAAAUGUAUAUUGUUAAAAGAGGUAGACUUCAGGUGGUUGCCGACGAUGGCAAAACUGUUUUAGCAACACUAAGUGCUGGAUCUGUCUUUGGAGAAGUCAGCGUUCUAGAAAUUGCCGGCAAUCGUACUGGCAAUCGCCGAACAGCCAAUGUAAGAGCUUUAGGAUAUUCAGAUUUAUUUUGUUUAGCAAAACGCGACUUGUGGGAAGCGUUAGCCGACUAUCCCGAUGCAAGAGCUACACUUACUGAACGUGGAUGCCAGCUACUAAGAAAGGUGAAAAUAUAAUUAUAUAAUAAGACUUUAUUCUGAACGAAAAAAAAUUUUUAAGCUACACUAGAUUUAUUGUUUUUAAUAGCGCAAUCAUCUAGAUGAAAGGUUUUAGCAUAUUCUUUUUUCCCUGUAUUCAAAAUUAAGUUACAUAAUAACUUUGCUGUAGUGUUGUGUACACUUAAGUGUGUGAAAUUUGUGUGAAACUUACAGUAAAGCAUUUAAAGAUAAUUUUAUAGUGGCGACUAGAAAACCACUUUCUGUAAAAACUAUUUCUAAAAGUCACUGAAAUAAUUCUUCAUUUUAGUAUCAAGCUUAUGGUGUUAGUCUACCAUAAAUUGUAGUUUUAUUUUAACUACACCUGUUUUACAAGAGAAGUGGUACCUUUUUUCCUAAGCUUUCCUUAGUAAUAUUAUGAAUGAGAAAGUAACUAUCCGAACUGUCGCAUCAAAAUUAAAUAGAUGUUCAUUUAUCUAA